UUUCAAUUUUAUAGACAAAGAGGAUGGCGAUAAGAGCACUCUGGACAACUGAGGAUAACAAGCAACAUUGAAUAACAAAGCAAGUCAGUCCAGAAAUCAAAAUAUUUUUCAUUUCCUUAAAAGCACCACAGAAUUCUUCACCUUCCUCAAGAGGUAAGAGAGAAAUGGGAGAAGAGGAAGAAGAGAUUUCUACCUGGGAAAAGUAGUGUGUGAAAUCCAAGCAUACGUUACAUGAGAAGUCAAUAGAGAUUAUUUUUCCAUUCAUCAAAAGAGGGAAGUGAAAAAGUCAUUCAGGAGGCAAACGUCAACUGGAAAGCCACGUAGAGCAUACAGUGUUGCAGGCCUCAUUCUGGAAGGAAGAAAAUGACCUGUAAAACAAAACACGUCUAAACAAAGGAUAGGCAAUACUUUUGACCUCCUCAAGAAUAUUAGUUGUGGAAAACCUCCAUAGAUGUGCCAGUUGUGGGAAAGAUACAACUUGCAAAUCAGAGUUGAUUAUGCAUGAGAGGAUCCAGACUGGAGAAAAGCCUUACAUGUAAUCUAAAUGUGGCAAAACCUUUGAUCGGAACAACUUGGUUGUGGUUCUUCGAACGAUCCAUCCAAGAAAAACCCUACAAGUGCUCCCAAUGCGGUAAAUGCUUUAGCGAGCAUGGCCACGUGGAUUCACACCAAGCAGAAACGGUUUGAAUGUCCUGAUUGCGGGAAAAGUUUCCGUCAGAAUUCCAGGCUGGUGACACACCAGAGGACUCACACAGGAGAGAAACCCUUUGAAUGUCUUGAUUGUGGGAAAAGUUUCAGUCAGAGUUCCAAUCUGGUGAAACACCAGAGGACUCAUACAGGAGAGAAACCCUUUAAAUGUCCUGAUUGUGGGAAAAGUUUCAGUUGGAAUUUCAGCCUGGUGACACACCGGAGGACUCACACAGGAGAGAAACCCUUUGAAUGUCCUGAUUGCGGGAAAAGUUACUGUGAUAAUUUCAGCCUGGUGAGACACCAGCGGACUCACACAGGAGAGAAACCCUUUCAGUGUCCUGAUGGCAGGGAAAGUUUCUGUGAUAAUUCCAGCCUUAGCCUGGUGAUACACCAGAGGACUCACACAGGAGAGAAACCCUUUGAAUGUCCUGAUUGCGGGAAAAGUUUCAGUCAGAGUUCCAGCUUGGUGACACACCAGAGGACUCAUACAGGAGAAAAGCCCUUUGAAUGUCCUGACUGUGGGAAAAGUUUCAGUCAGAGUUCCAAUCUGGUGAAACACCAGAUGACUCACACAGGAAAGAAACCCUUUGAAUGUCCUGAUUGUGAGAAAAGUUUCAGCUGGAAUUUUAGCCUGGUGACACACAGGAGGACUCACACAGGAGAGAAACCCUUUGAAUGUCCUGAUUGUGGGAAAAGUUUCUGUGAUAAUUUCAGUCUUGUGAGACACCAGAGAACUCACACAGGAGAGAAACCCUUUCAAUGUCCUGAUUGCGGGAAACGUUUCUAUGAUAAUUUCAGCCUGGUGAAGCACCAGAGGACUCACACAGGAGAGAAACCCUUUGAAUGUCCUGAUUGUCGGAAAACUUUCAGUUGGAAUUCCAGCCUGGUGAUACACCAGAGGACUCACACAGGAGAG